GGCUCUUACGCGACAUUAUCAGAGCGCCCUGGAUACAGUCCUGUCUAUCGUACAGCAAUGAAUGACGGCGGUGACGGAAUAACCAUCGCCGACAGCAAACCUGACGGCGUCUCGAUAGAGGAGUAUAUUCAACAGGGCGGCCUAGUUAUGCGAGUAACAAACGAGCUCGCUCUCAACAAUCGUAGCAACGCCUCCACAGGUAGCUUGGCAUUGCCUCCCCCGAUCAUGGAUCCGAAUAACCGAUAUUCGUCACCUACGCGACUUUCGCCGGAACGGACAAUGGACGACAGAUUAUCGCCCGAGCGCGAUCUUGGCCUUACCCUCCCACGUUUACCUUCUUCACGACACGUAUCUCCUGCGAGGGAGACUUCCCCGCAGUUGCCUUCGCCUGAUCCGUCUGAGCCAUCGUAUACCCCCGCGCCGACUGUCCCUUCCGUGACCCCUCCUUCCACUAUACCCCCGUCUUCCUUUGGAUCGACAAACCGCGCACCUUCGACGGCAGGAACAGAGAAUUCAUUCGAGGUACUAUCCGGCUACGACCCGGUGCCUCCUUCGGAACGACACAAACAAUGGCACCGGGAUCAGCGCCGCGAAAUGUUUCAUCCGACGCCCACAUCCGCGUUUCGUCCAAAUGCUGACCUCCCGUAUCCAAUAACCCCGCAAUUACUCAGAUAUUAUCCGUUCGGCAACCAGAAUUCGCCCGCCCAGGCUCCCCCCCAGCAACCGCAGGUGCAGAGAGGGGAGGAAUUCAUGAUGGCGCGGCGUUACGAACAGGAGUUGCCGCCUCCGGGACCGUCGCCAUCGCCGUAUAGAGGUCAGGGUGGGGUAUACGAGAGCAGAUUCAGCGCGCGCGGACAGAUGGUUGGCGCAUCAUCAGGUGGGCAUUAUAGAAGUUCUUCUAGCGACGUUUCUGUCGGUGGUAGCUCAUGUAGUGGGAUUCCGAGCUUUGCGAGAGAAUUUGAGCCAAGAGGUUGGAGGAUUGGUAAGGGUUCUUCUUAUCGCGUAUCUUAGCCUCGUUUCGAUUUUUAUUUUUCCUUACCCGCGAUGUCAUUGGUUUAAUUUUCGCGUUAUUUAUUUUAUUCCAUUUUCUCACUUUAUUUGAUUGGAUGAACGCUGACAUUUUGUUUCAUUCUUCUUUAGAUCCUAUAUUGACGGAAUCAAGUCACCACUCUUCGCAACCCGGGUCCGUGCAGAGGAAACCGGAUAGUAUUGUUUCGGUGUAUGCUAAUGAAUUCGCGUCCCAACUUGACCUGAUACUUCGCUCGUUCAAGCGGCCCCUCGUCACGCUCAUAUUCCUCGGCUUCUUCGGGGUGAUUGUAUCAAUACUAAUGCAAAAUCUAAAUGCCGCCUCACAGUUUCCCGGACCAUUCUCACCGACCAAUCCCAAUUCCUCAUUCCGACAUGCCUCGUACGCGGACUUCCCAACCUUGAUGAACAUAGAAUCGUCUUUCGAGAAGAUUGUUGACUCCGCAGCUGGCGGUAGCGCUUUAGCCAGGGUGAUGAAGCAGAGCGAGAUGGCUGUCAGUGACUUGAGCACCGUUGUCCGAUACUCUGAAUUAAAGUGCAAAGAGACACUUGCUGAACGCCUGGACGUCUUUGCUAAGGACGCGAAGGGGAAUGUGAGAGCGUUGCAGGGUUUUGGAAGUAAGGUCGGCGGAGUCCUAGACCAGUAAAUAUGCCACCCUCCCCCCAACACCUCUAUCACCAUUAAUACAAUCUAGACUCCUCUCAAUAAACCAAUACGCUCUCCGAGAACUAACCACAAUUCAACACCAAUCCCACCACCGAUCCUUUCUCACAAAGCUCCUGAACCCAAUAACUUCCCUCCUAACUUCCACCCCGACCCCUGAUCCGACAGAUCCCCAAACACAUGCGCGCAUUUCUGAAACCUUCAACAAAGCCGCCGAAGUGCUCGAAUCAAACCUCCGCCUGCUUGUCUCUGACGGCGAAACCAUCUUCACCUCGCUAACGGCACUAACGGAGCAACAUAAACCGAUCUACGAUGAGAUUGUGCGCGAAGUAGUUGACAUCAAAAAGGAAGAAGCUCUUGUGCUUUCUUCCUUGUGGACACGCUUCGGCGGCAAUGCCGCCCAGCGCAAGAACUUUCGCGAGAACGCACAGCUCCUCGCCGUCAUUGGGAGUUAUGAGGAGCAAGCUAGGGGGUACGUGGAGAGCACCGUGUUAGAGUUGGAUCGUAUGACGGCAGAUUUAGAGCUUUUAAGGAGGAGGGUGGCGGAGCCAUUGUUGGUGGAUGGAGGGAGUGCGGGCGUGGGUGGGGCCCGGGGUAAAGCUAGGGGAGCCCAGAUUCCGCUCAGUGUACACAUUGAGGCUAUUGAGGGGGCAGUGGCGAGGUUGGUUAGGAAACGUGCUCAAAGGAGGGAGCGGGAAGGGAAUUGGAUUGAGAAGAUGGAGGGGGCGAGAAAGGAGGAAAUUUUGGUGGAGUCUUAGUGGGGGCUGAUUUCUCUUUUCUUCUGUUUGCCCCCUCCCCCCUUUUCUCGCUUGGUUUUGUUUUGGUGUUGCUACCUGCAGCACCCCACGGCGAUUCUAUACCUCCUUUCCUUCUUUCCUUCGGGUUUGGGUCUUUCUGCUCUACUUCUGGUCAGCGUUUUCUUCCACAGGCGGUCUGCUUCCUUCUAUUUCAGUUUGCCUUUCACUCAUGGCACCGGGGCUGGCGUAAUCGGUGGUUUUAAAUCUAAUCAUCGGAGUAACGUAGUCGUUUUUCCUCUUCUCUCACCUCCUUAUAUCCUUUUCUUAUAUCCUUAUUUAUCCCUGUCUUUUCUUCUUUUCUUUCUUUUCUUUCUUUUUCCUGUUUGUAAUCUCUUGUGCUAGAGAAAAGGGUCUUGUAUAGUCGCGUGAUAUUCUUGUACAUUGGCGAGGUUUUUUCUGGGAUUGGAAUUGUUUGCAGUGCGUUUGGAUUGGGUGGGAUGGGAAUUUUGCGGGGAUUUUUUGUAUGCCUCUCUUAUUUUAUAUAUAUUUGUUCUUGGAAUUUUUGAAGAGUGUGGGUCUUCCCCUUUUUUUUGGCAUUACCUGUGUUGGGGGGGAAGCAGUGGUAUCCACCGGGUUGCAGCACAGUGCUGCCGCAGUAUAGUGGUAGCAUUGUUUGCCAUGAGACACUCGUGACGUUUAUUACUCCCGCGCUGUGCUACUAGCUUCUGGUCAUCCCUCUCUUCAUGUGUGCAGACGAUAUCCUGUGAUGUAUUCUACAACUACACAGUAACGCUGACGUUUUUCUCUUUCUUUUUUUUUCCUAGCAAGACGGAACAUAAAUACCUCGCCCCAUCCCCUCACCAUGCCUGCAUUUACUUAGCACUUCCUUCUUGUUAUCGCGAAUAGUAUCAUUCUGAUAACUAUAUAUGCUCUAUCGUUUUCCUAUAAUGGUGUACGUCCACUUCAUGGAUCGAUCCUCACGAAAUAUCACUCCUCUAGAUACUGGAUAGGCCCGCUUCCUUCAUCCGCUCCACAUUCCACCACACGCAUGCUGGAGCUGUGACCCCGGAUGGCAUAGCCAACUAUAACUUCAAAAUUGGCAAUGAGGAAAAAGCCGACCUCGCAUCGCCUGCCUCAGCCCUGUAUUAUCGCUUUCGGGGUUCUCUACCACAUCAUGGCGAGGGGCGGCGACCCCAGAGCAUCCCAAAUUUUCUCCCGUUGUUCUAGGGAGAUUCUUGACUUCCUAGAAAUAAGACUCGAUAUGUUAUAUAUAUAUAUACCGUUUGUCGCGAACCGCCGCAAAUACCACCCUUUCAAAGGGGGCCCUUCAUCUGUCGUUCUUGUCCCUCUAAUAGUCGGUUACGACUCCCGCAUUUCCUCCACCAUUACCCCCCCGGGCUGUUGGACACAGAAUAUAGAAGGGUAAAAAAAGAGAAGAACUUCCAAAGACAGUCGAGGAGGCUACAAAUACGAAACCUCCACCACUCCCCAUGCCCCGAUUGGGUCUUGCGUGCGCUCAAAUGAUUCGGUGUAACGAAGGGUAUGAUACCAGCGCUGCCUUAUUUCCCGUAUGCUUCUCCGGCUAACUCACGGCAUCUAGGGUUAUGACAUUCCGUCCCGGGCACAUCCCAAAUGGUUCCGUGCCAGGAGUGGCUACUCUACCACGUCCUCCGUAGCCAAUUCGGAUGGAGGAAUCAAGCCUCUGUCUUAUGCCAGUCAUGAGCUAUCACCCGGGGGGUAAACUGGCUAGGGAUGGGGUUAUGUGUGUGCGUGAGUGUGUGUGUGUGGUGGGUCUUGUUGUUCAUUUCUAACGGGCCAUAUUUCAAUUAAUGGAUAAUACUGUGGUCUUUUGAGCGGUCCAUGAGCAGAUCCCUAAUCGCUCAUGGAUACGCGAAAGGCUGGCCGAGGACAGAGUUUAGCCCUCGAAGGGCUGACCGCGGAAUAGCCGUGUUCCGUGAAGACCACGAGCGAGAUAUCGCAAGCGGAAAGCAGAAUACUUCCUGCACUAUACUGUGAGAACUCGGAGAAAUUACCCCUCGGCCCAAGCCAUCAGACUUGCCUUUACUGGCAUGGGCCGAUGCAAUCCUAUCACUUUAGUUUCCUCUCGGUGUGUCGGCCCGCCCAUCCGAGAGAGAGAAGGAGAGAGGUAGUCUUGGAAGUUAUUGGGUGCAAGCGCCAAUUAUUUUCAAGCGCUCACGGUAGCCGUUUACCUUUGUUACUGCCAAUCUUCUUUCCACCGGAAUCGCAGAAGAUGAUGGAUAUCAAUAUCCAACCUUCGGAGACUCAACUAGGUUAUCAGCACCACCCUCGACUGCGGGAGUCGUGAGAUGGUGGGGUGUCGAGUAGACCCUCGCGCAAAAGAUCCCGAGCGCUUUACUCCCCAGGCUGGUAUUGCGUUGUUUGUGAAGGCGCUUCUAGCCCCCCCAAUAUCCCCAGCACCCCCAUCAUACCAUACCAACCGUAUUAUUAUUAUUAUUUUCUAUUCUCCGCUUUUUCCAUAUGUAAGAAAUUGCAGUAUGGUAUGUAGUCAGCCACUGGCUACCCUAUCACGGACGAGAAGGAUAUCCGCCAUUGGAAACUACACCCACAACUGCCAUUUAACUUGCGGAGGCCGGAAAUAGACGGCGUUGUGCAAUACCUACUUCCUUGCACUCCUACUACGAUUCUCCAGUCCUAUAUCCCAUUGCUAUAGAACUUGUAGUGAGAAGGGGUUCGGAAAUGGAUAAGAUCGUCUGUUUAGCGUGGGUGUAAGGUUGUCACCGGAGCGCCUGCUUUUUGGAGGUGCUUGAGGAAGUCGAAGCUGGAUAGCGGGUGCGAUGGGGGCAGGUAGAUCGGACGAGAUGAUAGUUUCGGCCAUCGAUGCGGCAUAUCCCCCUGUGGUGGUGGUGCAGAAUCUCCCUACAUCGCGUUAAAAUACAAACUGGUGCCAAUCGACUCAGGGCCAUUCUGGAGAAGGGCAAAUGAAUGAUACCAAAAACGUAUUGGGGUGAGGUUACGAACCUUCCCCCCCUCGCCCGAGCAAGUGUGAACCUAUCAUGAGAGCUCCUUCUCCGUUCAAAAGUCCAGGGAGGUUUGAUGGCAUGGUGGAAGUUGCUUGUCGCUUGUCAUCGGCAGUGUAUCCUCAUGCGCCCAGAGGCUCGAGUCUGUAUUGCUGGUGUCGAGGUUUUCUGAUUCGUCUCAUGUAUAUUUUCUUUAAAUUUCUCUGCUUGGUAUUAUUUCUUAAUAGAUUGUAGAUCGUGAACAUCACUACAGCUAGAGUAUAUAUUGCAUAUGUUUUAUUAAUAUUUAUUGAUAAUUAUUAGAGGAUUUUUCAUGUAUUUCUUAUCAGGUUGAUGUAAAAUUUGGGAUUUCAUGCAUAAAAGAUGGCGUACACUGUACGCCAUCUUUUCUGCUGUUUUAUCAUCAGUUGAUAUCAUAAUGCUCUUAAACUUAAAACUUAUUUGCUUACACCAUGACCCUUAUGGAUGAUAUCAUACUUUUAUUUUAUUAUUUAGGAUUUACUUGGUAGGUUUCCAGGGUCAAACAUGUUCACAACUUUGGUUCUUAU